AUGGCUUUUUCUAAGUAUUGUUUCCUUCCCUCUAUGAUCAUAGCAUUGUCACUCUCAAGCAUCGAUGUGAGCCUAGCUACCCGACAGCUUUUGGAUACACCAGCUGCUCCACCCCCAGCAUUAACACUGCCUACAGUUCCAUCUCUGCCAAAGGCCACAUUGCCUCCUUUGCCAUCAGUGCCCACACUACCUAAAGCCACAUUGCCACCCCUGCCUAGCACUCCCUUGCCAACAUUGCCUACUCAACCAACUCUGCCAAAGCCCACAUUGCCACCACUUCCAAGCAUCCAAGUCCCAUCUCAGCCUACAUUAACAACUACCACACUGCCACCAUUGCCUACCAACCCAUUGCCACCGUUGCCAAAUCAACCAACUCUACCAAAGUCCACAUUGCCACCAUUGCCAAGCACCCAAGUCCCAACAUUGCCAACCAUGCCCACUGUUCCCAAGGUGACACUACCUCCUCUGCCAGGUAAUCCAUUGCCCACCAUCCCAACCACAAUCCCAACAAUUCCUUUCCUCUCCCCACCCCCAUCAAAGUGA